AUGUCGACCGUCAUCGUAGCGUUGCGAUACUAUUGCAGAUGGUUUCUGAUGGGAACUGUCAGCGCUAGCGAUCACCUCAUGUUUGUGGCUCUUGUAGUUACAUGGGGCAACUUCGUGGUGAACUUCUAUCAAGAUGAGACCAGCGCCCAUAGUCGUCCAAGCUACCUAUUUAAUCCAGAAAAGCGACCCCUGAUCGAGCCGCAAGUGCGUGGCAAUCUCAUCUCAUGGUGGGUCUACCGCUUGACCUACACCAUCGGUCUGGGCUUCGUCAAGCUCAGUAUCCUCUUCUUCUACCGCGCCAUCGCCGCAAACCGCACGUUCCGCAAGCUCGUUUAUGCUACGAUCGCUUUCGUCUGCAUGUACACGUUUGCUGCAAGCAUGGCAUCCACCUUUCAAUGCGAGAACCCAUCAGACGCUUGGUCGACGACCAACUACUUCGCUCAGUUCGAUCGCAACCCAAACGCCCACCGAAAGCCAGUCAAAUGCUUCGACCCCAUCAAGCUAUGGGUGUUCUCCUCGGCAUCCAACCUGAUAACCGAUAUCAUCAUCCUCAUGCUUCCCCUUCCGACACUUCUCAGUCUUCGCAUAGCUAUGACAAAACGUCUAGCACUCAUUGGCAUCUUCUCAGUUGGCAUCAUGGCCAUAACCGCAUCGUCUGUACGCAUGUGGGUCAUGAUGCUAUGGGCUGAGUCACCCUCCAACUCUGCGCGCUUUGGAAACGACCUACUCCUGUGGGGUCAGGUUGAGACCAACAGCGGCAUAAUCUCUGCAUCUAUACCAUUCCUGCGUCUCUUGUUUCGCAGUACUCAAAAGGAAGAACGAAGCGCAACGCCAGUGAAGGUCAACAGAGUGCCAUCGCGGCCUGUUCAGAUCGAUGCCUUUAGCCAGCACAAAGCACUCGAUAUGGGCGAAUGGCCGCUCCAGGACGUCAAGAGAGCCAGUGAGCAGGACAAUUGCUUCAUCACAAUACACGAAGAGACAGUGCGUACUAGAGGGUCUGCUUGGGGGCCUUUCAUCACUAUACCGGAAAGCCUGAGCUCAGCUAGCAGGGGCGAGACAUUGCUAGAGCCACAACAGCAUCCGCACAUGACGGUCUGA